CAGGCGCAUGCAUGCAAAAAUUGAAAAACUUGAAUCAAUUAUUAAGAAAAUUCCAGAUAUUUUUGUUAACGGGACCAAAAAUGCACCAGGAGAUCAGGACAUUAUUGAUAUAAAUAUACGAGAAGGUUCUUUGCUUUUGGGACUAAUUUUUACAUCACGACACUAUUACGAUGAACAAGGACUACGAAAAACAAUUAAGAAUGCAUUUGAAAAUAAUAGAAUAGGAGAAUGGGAUUUGAUUCUCAGUGAUUUUUCAUUUCAAGCACUAAACAAUCCAGCUCCUCCUGAAUCAGUCAAAGCAAUUAAAAAGGACAACAGUGUCACUGUAACAUGGAAAAAACCUCAAGCUACAUUUUUCAAAACCGAGCUGUAUAUUGUACAAGUUAAUACAAAACACAGAUCAUCGACCCAUGCUAAUGAUUACGAAGUCCCAGUUGAUAAAAUGUCUUACAGUGUUGUUGAUGUUUUACCAUCAACGACAAUUGAGUUUACAGUUUAUACCGGUAUAUGCCAUUCCAUAAGAAGUUAUGCGAGCGAUAUGAUCUGCAUUUUUGUUGAAGGUCCUACACCUCCACAAGAUGUAAAAGCCACUAACAAAGGAUCCGAUGUUGAAAUUUCAUGGAAGAAACCUAUUCAUCCAAUUUCAAAGUUUAUACAACAUUUUAGAAUUACAGCUUUAGAAAGCAAAACUAAAGUUGAGGCUCUUGUUAGUGGGAGUGAAUAUGUGUAUUUGCUGCCAAGCUGCAAGCCAAUGACAAAUUACAGUUUUCAACUAUCUACAUUGACUUCAAAUGAACUAGAAAGCCAGACUAGUGAAAAAAUUGAGAUCCAAACAGAAGGUCCUUCACCGCCACGAAAUGUUAACGUCACUUGCAAAGGCACAGAUAUUGAAUUAUCAUGGACGAAACCAGUUCACCCUAUAUUGAAGUUUGUGAAAAAAUUCAAAAUUCAAAUUACAAAUAGCAUUUUGACAUAUGAUCAAUUUGUAAAUGGAAGUGAAUUUGUAUUCAAACUAUCCAACUGCAUUCCAGUUACAAAUUUCAGUUUUCAACUAACUACAUUAACUACAAAUGAAAUUGAAAGCCAGUCUACUGAAGCGAUAACUAUCCAAACACAAAAAGCAAGUGUAUAUGCUCCGGCACAGGUGCACAAGGAAAAAAAUCGAUUAGCACUGACCAGUACUUUUAAUUUAAGACGUCCGUAUUCAGCUGAAGAUGUAAAAGUAUUGCAAAAAGGAAGGCUGGUUAUCUGCGAUAGCUAUGUUAAGCAGUUAAUAACAUGUACGGUGAAUGGUAAACAAAUGAACACUAUAGUAGUAAAUGGAUACCCGCUUUGUAUCGCGGUAAUAGACGAUUGGAAUGUAGCUGUGUCGUUGAUGACACUAGAUCAUGUUGGCAACUUAUUACGACAUUUUGAAAUAACGUUAGUUGAUAUCAAAGAGUUAUGUGUCAAAAGAAAUGUAGGGAGGUUCCCAUGCAUGAUUUCUUCAUGUCUAGUUACAUUUGGCAAUAACAAACUAUUUGUACAUGCUACGUCUGGAGAGAUAGAAGUCAUGGAUAUGUUUGGACGAAUGAAAGACAAAAUACUAUUUUCAAAUAGUUCGCUGAUACUGUCAGAUAUGUCAUACAUUGAGAAGUCAGACUUGAUUUGCGGUAUGUCUCUGGAAGGUGAAAAUAUUAUAUCUAUUAACGGAAAUGGUAUCUGCACAACAAUUUACGAAUAUAAAGAUUACUUAUUAUUUGAUCGACAGCUAGCUAUUGACAUAGAAGGAAAUUAUAUUGUAUUUUGCUGUCGAAAGAAGUUUAAGUCGUCAUAUAAAGUAUAUGAAAUAAGUCGUGACCUCAAGUCAUGCGAUCAACUUCUUUCAUCAAAGGUUGAUACGUUUGAAGCACAAACACGGUUUUGCAUGCGUUACUCAUUCAAACCAAUGAUUGUAAUUAUACAGCGUGACAAAAUUCAUGUUUAUUCAGAUACAAGUUUUAAAGAAUCAUAAUAUUAAUUAGGCUAUUAUCAACUUGAUGUCUCAUCUUUCAACGAAUUGUAUGCUAUAUUGAAUCUAAUUGAUGGCAACUUAUGUGGUAAAAUAUUUAUAAAAUUAUAUUGUUCACAGUGUGGGAACGGAACUGUACGGUUUUAUAUAUAUUGGUCAAUCGGGGGACUGUCAACGGGGCUCCGACAUUCGAAAUAAUUUUCAGCUACGGAAAAGGUAAAUGUGUUAUAUCAUUACUUUCUCUGGGGCUUACUUGUACGGCAUACGAGAAAACUUUUGUAUAUGUAAUUUCUAUUCAAACACUCAGGGGUACAGACAACAUUCUUAAGGCAAGUUAUUUCUGCUGGAGGAAGAGUCUAAACAUAUAUCAACCAUACAUGUAAAAACAUAACCAAAGAUUUAAUAUUGAAAUAAAGAGAUCUAACAUAUGCAAACAAUCAAUAGAUAUACAAAUCAAACACGAAACAAAUUUAUAGAUUAUUACAUGGCAUUUUCAAUAUUUGCCCAGGUAUAAGCCACAUACUCCCAUAUCAAUCCAGAGGGCUUUAGCGCGAGGGCUUGUUAUUGGUCGAGGGCUGAUACCAGGGCCAACAUAGUAAAUUACAUGUAAUAAUCUAUUAAUCACAUAUUUGCAAGCUGGAGAAAAAAGAAAGCAUUUAUCAAUUUAUGUUUGAUAUUUUCAACAACAAAUUAAAAAAAAAACAUUUGAUGAAAAAAUUUAAAAAAAAUGUAUCACAGUGAGUUAAUGAUGAUGUUUUUGAGAGCCAGGUUACCGGAAGUAAAAGUCGGGGGCACGAUAUGGAUAUUCGAAGGCUAAUAUCGAUAUUGGCCCCGAGGGCAAAUAACCUACUUUGACUUCCGGCUAUUAUUGUCCAUGCAAACACGUACAUAUUAGUACAAACUGUGUGAUAAAAGCACUUAUAAAUUUGGAGUUUCACUUUUAUAUAAAAAGAUACGUAGACUUGUUCCCAAAUGGAUACAAAUAGUUUCCUAAAGAGUUAGCAAUACAUUUAAGAAAUAAUAGUAAAUAUUCCUCUAAUAAAUGUCUACCAAUAAAAUGAAUUAUAUGACGUAUGACAGUGACAACAUCACUAUUUUCGUAAUCAAUCCAAUAUCAUAUGAUUAGAGAAUAGGUUUUCCGUAAGCUCUGACAAGUAAAUUAAAAAGGACCAAGUUUUACCUUUUGAAAUUUACAGUGAACUUGAACUUUCAUCAGAUAAUAUAUCAAUGGUGGAAUUCUAUAAUUUACAAUGAUAAGUUUCAAAGUGGUAAUGAUUCGCAUAAUAAAUGAAUAUGAACUUUAAGGCUAGUUUAUAAUAAUGUGUAAAUUGAUAAAUAUAGUAGGGGCUCUGUAGGAUGGUUUGACACAAUUGCAAAUUUCUUUAAACUUCAUUUUUUAGGAAGAAUAAUUUCCGGGAAAACUAAGCAAACAAGUUUUGGCUGUAACAAUGUGAUUUGAAAAUGUAAAUGAGGAAUUAUUGCCCUAUUAAAAUACAAUGUUUAAUAGCCACUUGUUUGAAGAUGACAAAAGUGCGGCAUUAUCUUAUAUACAAUCAGAAAUGUACACGGCAAAUAUCAUUUGAACAUUGAUUUGAACUUAUAUCAAUCUCUCACAAUCAAAAUAUUAUACAACAAUGUCCAAGUACUACAUAUGUAAGUAAUGGAAAAUCAUAGCCUCUGAUUUAGUUUGAUUAAAGAUAUUUGGGUAAACAUUGCUUCAAUUAAUCACUGCUUGUUCAACGUGUUUGUUCAAAAGCAUUAAACGAAUGAAUGAGUGGAAUUGAGUACUCAUAUCAUUUUAACUGUUUAAUAUAAAACUACGUUAUGUCUAUCUUACGUUUAAUCUCCCAUUUUUAUAUCACCAGCCACUAAAAACCAAGACUUGUGAUAUAUAUUAGAAUGUGAUGAACUAGUACACGGUAUUUUUUUAGUAGCUUAUUUAUUUUUCUAUCGAAAAGAGCAUGAAAAACAGUAUUCACGUUUCAAACAGCCAUAUGCAGAUAUACAUAUAUAUAAGAUGUGGUAUGAGUGUCAAAGAGACAACACUCCAUCCAAGUCAAUUUAUGAAGCAUAUAUACACAAUGUAGUUUGGAACUUUUAAUGAUACUUGACUAUUUCUUGUUAACUACUCGUUUCAUAUCAAUAAACCACUCCUAGACUUUUUAUUUGCAUCUUGACUAUUUGAAAAUAAAAUGAUCACACCCAAUUACAAGAUAAUGCUGUAACGAUGAAAUUUAAAAAUUCAAUUAAUCACUGAUUUAUCCUCGAGCUAAAGUUUCCACUUUACACAAAAUAACUGUAUUUUUCCAUUAUUAAACGUUUUAAAGCGCCGAAUUUUUGCUAAAGGUACUA